CCCGACCGCUGCCUGGGGGGUGGGGGAGUCGCGUCGUCGGCGAGCCGAGGGCUGAGCUGUCUGCAGCUGACUGGGGCGCGAACAGGGUCGCCCGGCUUGCAUCGGGAAGGAAGAACGCAGAGCCGGCAGGACUACACUCUGAGAAGCUGUUCCAGAGAACGCCAUUCUGCGCCAAGUGUAACAGUGGACAGGGAGCUCCAGGACCAGCAGCAUGGGGGCAGCCUGCAUCAAAGUCACCAAGUACUUCCUCUUCCUCUUCAACCUGCUCUUCUUCAUCCUGGGUGCUGUGAUCCUGGGUUUCGGGGUGUGGAUCCUCGCCGACAGGAGCAGCUUCAUCUCUGUCCUGCAGACGUCCUCCAGCUCCCUCAAGAUGGGCGCCUACAUCUUCAUCGGCGUGGGGGCGGUCACCAUGCUCAUGGGCUUCCUGGGCUGCCUGGGCGCCAUCAACGAAGUCCGCUGCCUGCUGGGGCUGUACUUCGCCUUCCUCCUCCUGAUCCUCAUUGCCCAGGUGACCGCGGGCGUCCUUUUCUACUUCAACGUGGGCAAGCUGAAACAAGACAUGGGCAGCAUUGUGACCGAGAUCAUCCGGAACUACAACGCCAGCAGUGAGGACAGCCUGCAGGAGGCCUGGGACUAUGUGCAGGCUCAGGUGAAAUGCUGUGGCUGGGUCAGCUUCUACAAUUGGACUGAGAACGCCGAGCUCAUGAAUCGCACCGAGGUCACCUAUCCCUGUUCCUGCGAGGUCAAGGGGGACGAGGACGAUGGGUUGGCCGUGGCACAAGGCUUCUGCGAGGCUGUCAACGCGACCCAGAGCGGCAACAACCUGGAGGACUGGCCUGUGUACCAGGAGGGCUGCAUGGAGAAGGUGCAGGCGUGGCUGCAGGAGAACUUAGGCAUCAUUUUGGGUGUGUGCGUGGGUGUCGCUGUCAUUGAGCUCCUGGGGAUGCUACUGUCCGUGUGUUUGUGCCGGCACAUCCAUUCAGAGGACUACAGCAAGGUCCCCAAAUACUGAGACUGCUGUGUCCCCAUCUCCCUGCUUGGCCCCCAACUUCAAGACUCCUGAGGAGGGGCUUCUCCCUGGCCCCCUUCUUCCUCCAAGCCCACCUUCCACUUCACCACUAAGGCCUUCUCCUGUCCUGGCUGGAAGCUGGGGGCUUCCCAGGACCUGGCCCCUCCUCUCCUUGCCUCUCUGGCCCUUGCUCCCUCUUCUCACUGCCCGCCAGGGUGCUCCUACUGGCUCCGAGGAAAGGUCCCCUGCAGUGUCGUGUGCAGGUGCGCUGGCUGGCUGUGCCCAGGCG